GUCAAAGUCUCACAUGCAUGAGAUUGUGGCAACAGCUCACGAGUGCUGGACACCUUGUUCCCAGAGCUGGGGGUUGCAGUCACUGGAGAAAAAAUGCCUCCUUUAACCGAAAAACUUGAACCAAGGGACAACGAGAGUAUUGAAGUCUACAAGACAUCCUCGACCAUCACCAUGAGCUCGGAGCACGAAGUCACCAUCACCGAGACCAUUGUGAACGGACUCCCCACCAACCGGCAGCAGCUUGAUCGAGUGGCCGAGACCUCCACGGUCACCUCCGCCAUCAAAGUCUACCCCUCACCGCCACCGGGAGCCCUCCUUGACAUGACGAUGACCACAGCAGACUGUGACCCACUGAAGGUGAGUGUGGGCAAGGGCUCGGUGACCUUGUGGACAACCGUGGGAAUGGAUCCAUUGCCCGCCCGGACUCCAGACCUGGAUGCCCAGGAACUGCCCAGCAACCACAGUACUGAGUUGAAUGCAGGAGGGAGGGAGAAGACUUUUCUCGUGUCCGGACCUGCGCCGGGCGCGCUUGGUUGCGACGCUGACCGCCUGGUGCCGUCGCAACCUCCAGACACCUCGUCUGGCGAGACCAAUGGAGAAACCUCUCCAUCCUCACUGGCGGCCAAAGGGUUUCGUAGCGUACGUCCAAAUCUGCCCGGCGACCACAAGUCAUCGCCUCAGCCCCCUCCCGUCCCCCUCCCACCUAGAGAAGAAAGCUUUGCUUGGCGCCCUUGCAACAAGGUCAAGUUGUCCCAUUUUGCCCCAGUCCCCAUUCUGGACUACGUCCACAUUAGACCCGAGCCCAGCGCAUGUACCGAGAGGUUUGCCGUGCCGUGUCCCGGCGGUGGCGAGGUGCCAGGGUUCACCUGGAUCACGGUGGGUGAGGGUGGCACCGUGCCCCCGCCCGAUGCCACACGGCAGAGGAAGGUCUCGAACCUCUACGUGGCCCUGGCCCCUCCACCCCGCCGCCCACCGCUGCCCUCCCACCACCAGGGUGGCGAUGCUGCCGCCUCCCCACCUGCUCCUCGUGGACCCCCGCACUACAUCCCCUCGCCCCAGGCUAGAAGGCCGGAGACGGACUGGGAGAAGAUGGGCACGAGACCAGCGGAGAAUCGAGCCACCGCCCGAGGGAGUCCCCUUCACGGGGCAAACGGAGGCAGCGGGGAUGGUCCGCCCAGAAUAAGUGAAGUAGUGCCGAUGGUGGAGAGCGUGAGUUCCUGCCCGCCAUUGAUCCCCUCCAGCAGGUUCUCAGCCUACCCAUCCACCACCUCAGUGAACCCGACUAUCGUCCUGCUGCAGCAUAAUCGAGAGCAACAGAAGCGGCUGAACAGUCAGUUAGACUCUGUGCCAGACAGAUUAAUUGAUCGGAACGCUGCAGCUCCAGUCCCAGCUAUGGAAGCAUUCAUCCCGGCCAUCCACGCAGGAGGGGCUGUGGACACAAGGCGACAGAACAUUCCUCGGGACUCCCACUCUUCCUUCAUCGCUCCCGAGGAUCUGGGGAUCAAGAACCUGGAGAGGCCGAAGGACUGGUACAAGGCCAUGUUCAAGCAGAUCCACAAAGUCAGCAGAGACCAACUUGAGGAAAACCCCUACCGGCCUACUUACAGCUUUCCUGAGAUCCCUCGACUCCAUCACACAGGAGAAGAGGUCAAUCCCUACACACCCAGCUACGUAUUUCCUGAGACGACACCCAGCCCUAAAUCAGCAGAAAAAGAGACUUACACCCCAACCUAUGUCUUCUCAGAGGUUGCUAAGAGACAGAUUUUGGAAGAUGAUGAACUGGGCGACUAUUCCUCAUGCUACCCUUGCUCAGAGGAUGUGAAAAGCCAGACCAUUAUGCCUCGCUCCAAGAGUGCAAUGGACACCACUGACUCCGAGCCCAUCGAGCGGAGAUCAGCCACCCUGCCCCUACCGACCCGCUCAUCCUCACUCAAGCCACUUCCUGAGAGGAACGACUGGGGACCGUUGGACAAGAAGUUGGACACCCGGAUGUAUCGGGCCGAGCCUAAAAGUAUCUUUGAUUACGUACCGGGAAAGUCGUCAGUCCUGGCACACGAGAAAAUGAACUCUGAAGGAACGGUCGGGAGAGACUACGCGCAGCCGGGCGGCAGGAACAGAUCGCUGAACGACCUGUAUUAUCAGGUGCCCGAAGAAAACCACUCACACCAUCACAGGGACGACUUGGGCGGUGAUAAGCGGAAUAUAAGUCCGGAGGAAAUAGAUUUAAAGAAUGAACCUUGGUAUAAAUUCUUUUCGGAGCUGCAAUUCGGCAAACCGCCUCCAAAAAAGAUAUGGGAUUAUACGCCGGGCGAGUGCUCCAUCCUUACUUUAGAGGAUGGGAAGGAUCAGCUAGAGAAAGACCUGUCCCUCUACCAGGCUGAGCUAAACACAGACUUAGAAAACCUGGAGAAGCAUUAUAGAAGGCAGGACCCUCGUUCAUGGAAGAGUACAACGCUGUAUUCUCCCUUGGAAUUCCCGCCCGACCGUUCGACUUACUCGCUCUUUGCACCCAGUUACGAGGCAGCGAGUCGACAGGCCGAGCCGAGAGGCGGAGAGUCGAUCACCCAGGAAAACGAGAGGCAAAUCUACAAGACGGUCCUAGAAGGCGGAGACAUACCCUUCCAGGGGCUGAGUGGGUUGAGCAAGAGAACGUCCAGCUCCUCUUCAACCAAAGAAUCGGACUCGGUGAGGUUGUCCACUCCGAUCGAACGCAUGGAGACCCCUGAGGAGAUGUGUCGUCGCCGUCACGAGGACAAAGAGAGACUGUUAGAAGAGCAGAGACGGCUUAAACGAGAACAAGAGGAGGCUGACAUUGCAGCCAGAAGGCACACGGGCAUCGCUCUCACUCACCACCAGUUUAUCACUAAUGAGAGAUUUGGUGACCUCCUUGACAUAGACGAGGCAGCAAGGAGGAGAUCAGGGUCAGAGAUGCUGCCAGCCAGAGCCAAGUUUGACUUCAAAGCCCAGACGCUGAAGGAGCUGCCGUUCCAGAAGGGAGACAUCGUCUACAUCUACAGGCAAAUAGAUCAGAACUGGUACGAAGGGGAGCACCACGGGCGCGUCGGAAUCUUCCCCCGAUCGUACAUCGAGCUGCUGCCUCCAACGGAACGGGCACAACCCAAGAAGCCGCCGCCCCUGCAGGUGUUGGAGUACGGUGAAGCCGUGGGCCGCUUCAACUUCGCCGGCGACACACACGUGGAAAUGUCCUUCCGAAAGGGUGAACCCAUCACACUUGUGCGGAGAGUCGACGAAAACUGGUUUGAGGGGAGAAUCUCGGGCACGAACCGGCAGGGCAUCUUCCCCGUCUCGUACGUGGAGGUGAUUAAACGGCCCAGGGUGAAGAACGCCGUGGACUACCCCGACCCGCCCGGCUCAUACUCUUCAGGCCGAAGCUCCACCAGCUCGCCACAGUUCUCGGGUAAUUCUGCUCGCCCCACGCCAUCUCCUCCUCCUCCCCCUCCACUGCCCCACUAUCCCAGGGUGUUCUCUCCCGAUCUGCAAUCCAUCACAUCCGACUGGAUCUCGCUGACCAUGGGGGUGUCCCCACUCGCCACCCCUCCGCUGCCCCCUCUCCCUGAAGACUUCCCCGCGGACUGGGACGAGGCUGGCACCUUGGCGGUGAAUGCCACCCCGUUCCCGGUUGCCGGGGCCGGUGAUGCCACCCCCCAGCCUCCGCCCCGGUGCCAACGCUCGUGGGAGCAGGUGCAGGGCGUGCCCCUUCCCGCCGUCGCAACUGGUCGCGGCUCUCCAACUCUGUCUGCCGCUCGUCCCGGCGCGGGACCGGCCAACGCGGAGAGCUGGCGACGCGGGCGAGACGCGGGCGACCCUUUGUCGGCCGGUGGGCAGAAUCCAGGUGGUCAUGACCUGGCCCGGCGGCCGUGGGCAACAGAGAGGCUCCCUACCGCAGCGUUCAAAGACCACGCACUGUCCGAAGAGCUUCUAAGGAUGAUGCAGGGACAGACCAGGCAGCAAACGGAGACGAAGGAUAAGCCCAGCUCGAGGAGUGACAGUGGAGCAGGAGGGCGAUUUGCAAGGAGCCCUGUCUUUUCUGAUUCUCCAGUUAACAUGCUGAACUCUGCUUCUCUUGUGCCUUCUCAUCAUUCGUUGCGAGGACCAGACCUGACAGAGUCUGAGAGGAGCUAUGUGGAAACCGUCUGCAAUGAAAUAAUUAACAUUGCAGAAAAAUCCGUUCACUACUGCAGUAACCUGUCCCACCCACUGCACUCUCUACACAAGGUGUCUGCCCAUGACAGUAAACAGUCUCUCAUCAUUUCUCACCAACCUCAGGGGCAACAGCGAGGAGGCAGCCUAGAGCAGACCCACGCUCCAACUACCCUAUUCCAAGCACUGUACAGCUACAUCCCACAGAAUGAAGAUGAGUUGGAGCUACAGGAAGGUGACGUGGUCGAUGUGAUGGAGAAGUGUGAUGAUGGCUGGUUUGUCGGGACGUCCAGAAGAACCAGGCAGUUUGGCACGUUUCCAGGCAACUAUGUCAAGCCGUUGAAUUUGUAGAAUGCGGACUUGGCGGUGAACGUCCGGCGAUCCAACGCUUGCUUUGACACGGGUGGAGGUUCCCUCAGCAGUGGGGUAGUCUGAACAGCGCAUCGCAGUCUGCAGCCUGGCAUAAAACGUUCUGCUUGCUGUACAAAGGGUCUUUACUUUACCUGAACUAGGGUUGCCAACUUUCUCACUCCCAAACAAGGGCCAAAAUAAGGGACAAAUUCCCAACGGCAAUUCGUUGACAGACUCGGCCGUGGCUGAGUGAAUGAUGAGUUGGCCCGGAUGCUGGAUUGCACACAAAGCCCAGCCCAUGGACCAGCUGAGGAGUUUUGGGCUGGGCGCCGGACUUUGAGCGCGACAUGGCGCGGCCGUGGACAAUGGCGCGACUCCUCAGCUGACCUGCCGGCUGGGCUUUGUGUUCUGCUGCACGCACCCCAUCCAACUCAUGAACCGAUGAUCGGCCAUGAGAAGGAGGGGUGGUGGUGUCGGCGGUAAGCGAAGGUCUGAAGGUCGGACAGCUGG